AUGGCUGAGUACUCAACGCACGUCGAGAUUCAUGCUGGCUGUGCUUGCGACGAUUUGCUCCGUGCUCGUGAGAAAUACGGAAUUACAGGCCCUCCGUGUGAUACGGCCAGAAAGAAUUUAAUGCAAGUUCUGUGGAUGGACUAUGCCUUCAAGCAAACCGAAAAGCGUGGUCCGUAUGAUCUGAUUUUUCGAAUCCGGCCAGACGUUGCAGUGUUCAAGCAGUUUCCUUGGCACUCAAUUUCAGCAGACACUAUCAAUUAUGUAAAGAAGUUCAUUUGGCAAGACGGCGUGGCUGAUUGGCAUUUUGCGUUCCCUUUCCUAUACCUCAACAAGACCUGGCCGGCCGUCGUUCAGAAGUUCAUUAUCAAAUCCACGAGCGGGCCAUAUUCGGGCCCAGGAUGGAGCCCCGACAUGGUUUGGCAUUUUCCUCAGCCUUUCGCUCCGGUUGGUAAUGUUGUCAAUUUUACGUCUGUCGUUGUCCGGUCACCCAUCUCGGCCAAUUGCGAUCACAUCGACGACGAGACCCUCCGCAACGACUGCAAGCUGAAGUGCCGAACAUGCAAGGAUAACUGGCCUUUAGCACUAGAGUGCCAGGCUUGCAAGGGCAUAUCCCCGCCACUUGGGAAAUGA